AUGCCUCAUCGAGGCUGGACUCGAGGCAGUUCUGCCACGGUCGCUGUCUGCAAGAGGCAAAUCGUCGCGUCAACUGGUCGGUUGGUAGACAUUUUCGUCGAGUCCCGCACACAGUUGCGUCGUCCGGCCUACGCACAACCCCGUCGACUCGGGAAGCAGGAAUCCUGUUGUCGUCUCGUUUCGGCCUUUGAGAUGAAGCGCGAAAACCGGAUAGUGUCAAUAGUUGCCGAGGCUUGGCAGGCCACAUUUGCACAUUUUGAGUCGCUGGCGUCAGUCUGGUGGACAAUCGCCAAGCACCAGCGGCCAGAAGGACGGUGUCAUCUGCCUCACAAGCCUCUUUCACCCCAUCAAGUUGACAUGUCGUCUUUCGGUACUCCGGACAGCUGCACUCUCGGCCAGUGGUUGUGGUUGUGGCGGCAGUUUUCACGUCAACUCUGCACGUCUCAUUCCUGCAAGCCCGGGUUUGCGGGUGUGUCGAUGGAGGAAAAUCACACUUUUUUGUCAUUCACACCCUCUCAUCACAUCACACCCUGCCUUCAAAAUGGUACCGAUGGAGUCGGCACACAUGCAAUUGGGCCAACAAAACAUGAGACGUACACUGCCUUGACGGUCCAUGCUUCCGUAAGCAAAAGUGGCUAUGGGACUCGACUGUUUGUCAAAAAAGCCGUCGUCUCCGCGUCACCACGAGCCCAUCGGCACCACCGACGGGACUCGAAGCCGGGACGUUUGCAUCAGUCCGUCUUCCAACCUGGAGCGUGUGUUGUGGGCAGAAUAGUCAUUUUGAAAGUGUACCCGCGACAGCAUUUUUCCGCCCAACUUGACAAAGCCGAGCCACGGCUACAGGCUAAAUGGGGAGAGGUUAAAAGUGGUAAUUUCUGUAUGUGUGUGUGUGUGUGUGUGCGUUUGGGCUUUUGCAAGUCGGCGCUUGGAGCCCACGAGGAUCUGGCUCCUGCCUGA